CCCUUUUAUUGUUGGAGGUUGGAUGGGAAAUUAGUAAAUUGUUUGGCUCGCCCUUUCAGCAAACAGAGCUGUUUUCAGAGUGGAACCAGGUGGCCAUGUUGAGGUAAGCACAGCACCUUUUGGAAAGGUGUUGUCACCUGUGGCUCCAUCAGGAAGCGAUUCCUAGGCGCCGUCGACUGUCAGAGCUCACCGACAGAGGGACAAUGAAGCAGACAGCAGCAGACAGCAGGGAGUAGUUUCGCUCUUCAUUAUUAUUAUUUUUUGGUUCCCUCUAAGCCUCCUUUGUGUCGGCCUGCGUCUGCAGUCUGAAAGGAAGCGCUUCCUGAUAACAGGAGGGCACAUCUCCGUUCCAUUCCGCUGAUUGACUGCGCACGGCUUCAUCGCCUGAGCUGGCGGCGUUGACGCAUUGUGGAGCCGACAGACUCAGGGGGUAAGCAGCGCAACCCCGGCUUCGCCACACGUCGGAGGCAGCCACUGAGACCGCGAUGGCCGUGGUGCAGCUCGAAUCGGGGGACCAUCACCCGGAGAACGGCUUCGUGUCUCCGGAAUCCGUAUGGCCGGGAAAACUGACGCGCGUCGACGAAUCGGUUCUACCGUUCCUCGGGGGAUUUGGGAGAUACCAGAAACAGCUGAUCGCGCUGACAUGGAUCCCUGCGUUAUUCAUCGGGUUCAGUCAGUACUCGGACGUUUUCCUUUUCGCCCAGCCGAACAGCACAUGCGUCCAGCCUUCGCUCAACUGGACUAACCAGAAAGCAGGCUACCUCGUGCAGUCGGACGGCAGCAAAAACACAAGAGCUCCGCAAGAUUAUUCUUCUCGGGGCAGAAAUACCAGCGUCCACAAGAACAACAACAACAUCAGCAGCAGCAGCAGCAGCAGCAACGUGGACUGCCUGUGCAGCGAGUGGACCUUCGAGUCACACACAGGACUGGUGGAGAACGUGGUUACCAAGUGGAGUCUGGUGUGUGAUUCCGCAUCAGAAGUUCACAUUGCAAAGUUCUCUCUUUUGGUGGGGUCAAUCUUUGGAUACCUCGUGUUUGGAAUUCUUGCAGAUUGGUUUGGUCGGUAUCCAGUGCUGAUCAUGUCGAUGUUGUUUAUGCUGGUGUUUGGUUUAUCCGUGGCUUUCUCUGUCAACGUCCCAAUGUUCAGCACUUUGAGAUUCUUUGAGGGCUUCUGCCUUGCAGGGAUCAUACUCUCUCUCUACGUCCUCAGGAUUGAGCUGUGCACGCCAAAAUGGCGAUUUUCCAUGACCAUGAUCGCCAGUUUUGUGGUGUUGGGUGGCCAACUUCUCAUGCCCUUUGUGGUGUACCUCUGUCGAGACUGGCAGGUACUUCAAGCUGUCAUCGUCUGUCCCCUGCUGCUAAUGAUGUCCUACAUUUGGAUCUUCCCUGAGUCACUGCGCUGGCUGCUUGCCACUCAGCAGUACCACCGCUCCAAACGAAUCAUAGAAGACAUCCUGCAGAAAAACAGAGUGGACUUAACUCUUGAUAGCGGUGACAUUUUCACAGAGCUACAGCAGGAUAUUCAAAAGAAACCCAAGAAGACGUGCAUCGUGAAGAUGGUUGGGACCAGAAACCUGUGGAAGAACAUUGUUGUUCUGUGCGUCAACUCGCUAACAGGCUAUGGGAUCCACCACUGCUUCGCUCGCAGCUUGAUGGAUCAGGAAGUCCAAGAACCCAUGCUCCUAAACUUCUAUGCAGAUUAUUACACUAUGGCGGGCAUUGCAGUGGCGUCGUGCAUUGCUCUGUGCCCGGCUGUCGGCUUGAUGGGCCGACGUGGAGGCCUUCUUAUGUUCAUGAUAAUCACCGCCCUGGCGUCGCUGCUGCAGCUGGGGCUGCUUAACUUGUUGGGGAAGUACAGCGCACACCUGAAUAUUGCUGAAAGCUCGGAUACCCUGAAUAAAAACUUCUCCAUCGCCUUUUCCAUCAUCGGUAUGUUCUCCUCCCACGCAGUCAGCAACCUGAGCAUUUUCUUCUGUGCUGAGAUCACGCCCACUGUGAUCAGGGGGGGUGGUGUGGGUCUGGUCCUGGCCAGCGCUGGCUUCGGCAUGCUCACUGCACCCAUCAUGGAGCUGCACAAUCAGAAGGGCUAUUUUCUUCACCACAUCAUUUUUGCCUGCUGCACUCUCAUUUGCAUCAUCUGCAUUCUGCUGCUGCCCGAGCCCCGCUCUAAGUCCCUCCCCGAGACCCUGCCAGAUGGAGAGAGCUACACUCGGGAACCCCUUCUGCAGUCGCUGAGACACAGAGAAAACAGCCAUCUGCUGCCCCAGUCGCAAAGUGGCAAGGACUACAGCCGAGUGAGUGACACCCCACUCCAUGAGGUGGGCACAGCUGUAGUGUCAACCAUGGAGUCCACGGCAUCGUCUGCUAUUGAACUGACUGCUCAGAUGCACGGCAACAUGACCGCCACCGUGGUCACAGAGGUCCAACAUAGCAAUUCUGAGCCGAAGGACCCUAAUGGUCACUCUGUAUCAUCUUCAUCGCCAACCUCUGCAGCAGGGUUGGGUAAGGAUAGUGUCAUCUGUGCCAGCCAAGAGCACCUGCUGUCUUCCAGUCCUUUACACAAAGCCCCGUGUGCCACUGACCCACUUUUGUCUGAUGAAGAACCUUUUGCAAUAGUUUUGAAUUCUGUUGAGUCAAAGGCAGAAUACAUCCCUCUGAAAUUGGAUAGCAUCACCCUGUCCCCCACACCUAUAGAUGACUCAGGUCCUGCAGCUUCAACAGAUCCUUCCCCUCAUGACGCCCCGCAGACUGUGUCCAACUCUUCACCGGUUUGCACCACACCCAUCCAUGAUGUCCCUCCGAGCUCCACGGAAGAGCCCCCAAAUCCUUUGGAAAGUGACUUGGAUGCAACCAUCCCCAAGUCUGACCUCUUUGUUUCUGAGAAAAGUCAAGCGCCUUUAGAGGACACCCCUCUCCCUGCCUCAGCCCCUCCAUCUCCUUCUCCCUCCCCAGUUCCAGUAACAGACAUUGACAUUCCUCCCUCGCCCUCUGUAGCUCCACACAAUGACAUUCCCCUUCAGUCACAAACAGUAGAUGAAUCUCAGCUAGAUUGUUCUUCUCCCUGUCCUCCAGAUACAUCUCCUCAAGAUCCUCAAAGUUUGCUCCCUUUUUCUGAAACUUCUACACAUGUUGACUUGGGUCACAAACCCUCAGUGGACUCUGUCCCUCCCUCAAAAAUACAACCUAUUAACGCUCCCGUAUCAUGUCCUUCCAUCCUUCCUGUCACAGACAUAGUUCACAGCUCAUCUCCAGAUUCCACCUCACUGACUGUCACAGACUCUCAGCCUGAUUCAGUAUCACAUUCUGUCACAGAUCCAGACUCUUCAGGACCGGCUCCUGCCUCUCUAAUAGAGUGUACAGUGUCCUCCCCCAUAGAUUCUGGUGUCCCCUUGGCCAGAGAUGGGGAGAGUGCCACAACAGAAAACGACUCCAUCGACGGUACGAUAUCUUUGUGAGCCAGUGCUGCAGCACAGAAAUUAAGCUUUAAGUGUUUUACAAAGGGGAGCAUCCCAUAGUGAUACCACAGCGGGCGGUGGGAGCCGGUGAAUGUUACCACUCCAGUCGACAAGGGUCGACUCGCAGAUUUGCAACUCCCUCACCCCGACCCCUCUAUGUGCAUUUAGCCAAUAACUGAGACUGCAGGAGUGAAGGUGUGCCGCACGCUGGUUUGUGACCGGAAGCCUCCACUCGUCAGGAAUGUCACUGGAAAUCACCAGCGCAGAAAAUACUUGGAUGUAAACAAACGUGGGAAAUCUUUGUCAUUUUGAAGAUGGUGCCCGCCAUUACAGGGUGAAGCUCUGUCAUCAUCUCUGGUAAAGAAAUGCAAAGAUGUUAGAAACAAAAAAGAGGUACUUUUGCUUGGAUUUCUCUUACACAUUUGUAUGAAGAUCUCGCCUUACUUGUAUAAAGAAAGAAAACCUGAAUGAAGUAUUUUUCUGCUAAUUCAAAUCAUCCAAAUUGGAGUAUCCCCCUUUUUCUCAGUUUUACCAAACUCUUUUGACUGAAACCAAAAUUUAGAAGUAGUGCCAAAAAGUCUAUGGCUGUACUGUGUUUGCCUGUUUGAGGAAACACCAGUACACUGUAAAUCCCUAUUCAGAAGAUGGAUAAAUAUAAAAUAAAUGCAAGCUUUAUGAGUGUUUGGCCAUUUAGAGGAAAUGAAAAAAAAAUCAGCUUUUUUUUUCAACAUGUGGCUUAUUGUAAGAACUUCCAUAUUGGGGAAAAUAGAGCAAUAUUGUCUAUUAAGGUACUCCAAAUCAGUGGAAUGCAACAUCUUUGUUUGUACGUGUGAUUGUGUAAGUAAAUGAAUAAUUGAGCUGGAGUUUCAAAGUAUUAUUUUGAAGGCAUUUAAAAAAUCUCUCCUUAAUGUACAGAACUAUACAUCCUUCUUACAGUAUUUGUGGCACUCUAAUGUGCUGGCACUUUUUGUGCAGUUAGGGGGGGGGGGAGCAUGAAAUUAAUUGUGAAGUUGUUAAAAAAAAAGCUAUUAAAUUGCAAAAAGUCUUUUAUCUUAUUUUUACUUUUUGAAAGAAAACCUGUAGACUCCAAUAAGUUUGAUGUGAUUGCCAACUGUUGCUGCACCAACAAUCUUCUGUUUUCCAUUAGUCGAUGUGUUCAUAGAUUCAUUCACACACAGCUGCGAUUACAUUGAAAAAGAAAAUUGCAAUACACUUGACAAAAAGACAUUUCAAUGGAGAAAGCACUUUUUUUUUUCUUUAAAAGUCCACAUCCACCUGUGGAUGGCUGCAUACUUGACUUGAACAAGUCGGAAACUUGACAGUUCUUCUACUUUUUUAUGUUUUAAAGUUGUAAUAUUUGUCUUUAAAAGGACGUUUACACUGAAACUAAUAAUAAUAAUGUUUAUGACUGGCUCUCUGAUGAAUUUGUAAACUCUUCCCUCAGCUGGGAUCGGCUCCAUCAUGACUAUGAAGAUGAAAAAGGGGGGCUUGUAAAAGACCAAAUUAUUGCAUAAUAAUAGCAAUGCAGUACUGUAAAACUAUGAAGCCAAUGAAAUGGUGUCCUUUCAUUUCAAAUGUGAUAUUACUCAGAUUAUAAAUCCAGGGAGUUCUUUUAGUUUAUUUAGUGGUUCUCCUCUGAAAACCUUCUUUACCAUGGUUCAAUUCUGUGUGCACUGAUUGACUCAUCAAGUGGGUGGUUUCCUCAAACUCAGCAUAUAGGGAGCAAUAAAAGCUCUGUUGAUGAAUGAAUUCAGGUUAUUUUAAAUUAAGAAUAACACAUCUCCAUUAUUUUUAAUAACUUUGUCGUCUCAUGUCAAGCAAUACAGUAUGUACAUCAUCCUGCUGCACCUCAGAGCACAAUGAACUGCAAACGUACGAUGUUUAGACUUUGCUCCUUUACAGUAGAAACAAAGAAAAAAGGGAAGAUGGAUGGGAGUUUUGGAUGCUGCUAGUUCAUCUUUUUUUUUUUUUUCAUCCAAAUGUGAAAGGCAUGUGACACAUUGCCUGCAGUGGCCGCACAUCAACUCUUCUGUGAAUGUCGUGCUCCAUUUUAUAGAAUCACAGGUGCAAAUCCAGUGACACAGCACAACACAAUCAGUGUCACGUCUGAGUUCUGUUACUUCCAUUUCUGACCUGCAGCUCUUUUCACUGAGCGAAGAUCGCUUUAGCUUAGCACGGAGUUCAGUGAAAGCACAGUUAGCACCAGCCAUGGGCUUGAUUGUUACUCUGUCAUAGUUGGUAAAGCAAAAAAAAAAAAAAGGAGAAGGUUGGGUUUUGUUGUUGUAAAUAGUUAUCGUGGAUUCAUCCACUUUUCUUAAGAUGAAGGCUCAGAAAUAAUAGCACGGGAUGGUAAGACCAGAUGUGAUGAAGUCUUACCCCUGCUGAUUGACCUAACAUCUCCUGAACUGGAGAAUUGAAUGAAUGUAAAAUCAUGGAUUGUACAAUUCUAAGUUUCACUUCUUUAGUUUCAGUUUGUUGUUGUUUUAACUGACAUGACGCACUUGUACAUAAGCCAUACCUGUUGUUAAAAUAAACCACUAUUUAUUGAUUAAA